AUGACUCAAAAGUUCUAUGUUACUUACAACCAGGUCCACAAGUUGUGCCAGACCUCGGCCGAACAGAUCCUCAAGGACUUCCACCCCAAUUUGAUGAUCGCUAUCGGCGGUGGUGGUUACGUCCCUGCCCGCAUUCUUCGAUCCUUCCUCAAGCGCUCCGGCGACGCCAACAUCCCCAUCCAGGCCAUCGGUCUCUCCCUCUACGAGGAUCUCGGUCGCGGCGAUGCCGAGGAGGUUCCCGGCACCAAGGUCACCCGCACCCAAUGGCUCGACAUGAGCUCCCUCGAGAUGGCCAACCUGAUCGGCAAGAACAUUUUGAUCGUGGACGAGGUCGAUGACACCCGCACAACCCUCGAGUACGCCGUGCGCGAGCUCCAGAAGGAUGUCGAGAUUGCCCAGAAGCAGCUCGGCCGUGAGGGCGAGAAGACCAACUUCUUCGUCUUCGUUCUGCACAACAAGGACAAGGCUAAGAAGGGUGUUCUGCCCACCGAUAUGAUGGAGAGUGGUCGCUACCACGCGUCCGUCACCACCAAGGAUGUCUGGAUCUGUUACCCGUGGGAGGCCAAGGACAUUGAUGAGCACGACGCUCUGGCCAAGGAGAACCCCAUCGUCUAG